AUGGAUUUCCUUCACAGGAAUGAAGUGCUCAUAAUUCAGCAAUUGCAGAAGGACUACCAAGCUUAUUACAAUUUUCUAAACUUUAUAUCUAAUGUUGGAGACCCCCGGAAUAUCUUUUUCAUUUAUUUUCCUCUUUGGUUUCAACUUAAUCAGACAGUUGGAACCAAGAUGAUACGGGUAGCAGUCAUUGGGGAUUGGUUCAAUCUUAUAUUUAAGUGGAUAUUAUUUGGUCAUCGACCUUACUGGUGGGUCCAAGAAACUCAGAUUUACCCAAAUCACUCAAGUCCAUGCCUUGAACAAUUCCCCACUACAUGCGAAACAGGUCCAGGAAGUCCCACUGGCCAUGCAAUGGGCUUAUCUUGUGUCUGGUAUGUCAUGAUACCCGCUGCCCUGAGCCACACUGUCUGUAGGAUGGAUAAGGUCUCUAUCACUCUGCACAGACUGACCUGGUCAUUUCUUUGGAGUGUUUUUUGGUUGAUUCAGAUCAGUGUCUGCAUCUUCAGAGUAUUCAUAGCAACACAUUUUCCUCAUCAAGUUAUUCUUGGAGUAAUUGGUGGCAUGCUGGUGGCAGAGGCCUUUGAACAUACUCCAAGCAUCCAAACGGCCAGCCUGGGCACAUACCUGAAGACCAACCUCUUCCUCUUCCUGUCUGCACUUGGCUUUUACCUUCUUCUUAGACUGCUCAGCAUUGACCUGCUGUGGUCUGUGACCAUAGCCAAAAAGUGGUGUGCCAACCCCGACUGGAUCCACAUUGACACCACACCCUUUGCUGGACUAGUGAGAAACCUUGGGGUCCUCUUUGGCUUGGGCUUUGCAAUCAACUCGGAGAUGAUCCUCAUGAGCUGCCGAGGUGGAAAGAGCUACACGCUGAGCUUCCGAUUGCUCUGCGCCUUGACCUCGUUGACCACACUGGAGCUCUACCAUUUCCUCCAGAUCCCGACUCAUGAAGAGCAUUUAUUUUAUGUGCUGUCUUUUUGUAAAAGUGCAUCCAUUCCCCUAACUGUGGUUUCUCUGAUUCCCUACUGUGUUCGUAUGUUACUGAAGCAAAGCAGAAAGAAGAUUCAGUAGACUGAGACCUAGACUUAGGGCUCUGUGUCACAGAUCACCCUUCUCCAUCCACCAGUAGAGCUACAGAGUAGGCACAAACCAGAGGCUUCUAAUCCGAGGUCACAGAAUAGCGGCACAGGCCCCAUUCCCCAUACAGAUGUUUAGUUUGGCCUUCUCAGAGGUCCCUUUUUUUUUUUAAUCCUUCAGUUACCAAUAUUUAAAAACAAGAAUAUUUGAGAUAAAAAUUGGAAGUUCUGUAUUUUCUGAAAAAUCUGACAGUAUCCAACACAGGGCCUGCAUUCCCACCUGGAGACAGCUGACCAGAGCUGUGUACUGACAGUCCCCACUAGGAGGCAAGGACUCUCCAUUUUCUGACAGUCUUCAGCCUCCCAGCAGGAGCCCCAGUAUCAGAUUCCUCUGUCAUCUUAAGGCCAGGCAGUGUCUGAUCCCUGUUGGCAUUUUAGUGCGGAGCACAGCCAUAUUCAAUCUCAGUUUUCGGAUAAGGAAACAGAGGUCUCUUCAGGUGAAAGAACUUGCCUGGAGUCACACCACCUUUAGACAACAUCCAUCCUUUACUUUUAGGAACCAGUCUUUCAAAAUCAGAGAAAUCAGGUAACUUCUUCCUCAAAGUCAUGCUCCAACCCAGGCAUCUGUUAGCUAGAUUAGUCUCUAUGUAUACUGAACUGUGAUGAAAAUCUAUUGCUUUACUUUAGAAAAUUAUUAUUGAUGGAGUAUUAAUAUUAUAUUAACAGUUUCUCAGUAAAGGUGUUUUUUCCUCAUUGAAUCUAGGAAUGCUGGACUUUAAGGUGAUAACUGUGUCAUUUCAAUCAAGUACAAGGAUUUUGAGGCAGAUUUUGCUACAUACCUUAGUGAUCCACCACAGUGUUUUAUGUAACUCUUCUUAAGAAUAUCAAUACAUGAAUUAUUUUAGAUAACAUAUUAAAUAAUCUAUGAAUAUUCAUGAAA